GUUCCGCUCUCUCCCGUCACCAAUACGGAAGCAGCAUGGCGUCCGACAGCGGCAGCGUUGGAGACAGCUCCGACAUCCAUCGAGUCGCUCAGCAGAGGUUGAAGAUAAUUGCAGGGCAUUUACGAGCACCGGCGGAUAGUGCUUCCACCAUUGUAGCCACCGAGUGCAAAGCCCAGGGGAGCGAGGCGGAUGUCGCCCAACAGGAGAAGACUACAAUGCCGCGAAGGAGGCAGGAGAUCAUGAAGUGGAAUGGUUGGGGCUACAGCGAUUCAAAGUUCUUCUUCAAUAAGAAAGGCCAAGCAGAAUUCAGUGGCAAAAGAUAUAGAUUAAGUGGUAUGGUCAUCCCUGGCCUGAGAGACUGGUUUGAAAGCACCUUUGGAGCCAGUCUGCAGCACAAAACUCCAGCAUUACCCCUCCUGAACAGUAGCGCCGUACCAGCUCCCACUCUUAACGAAGCCUUCUUGGACGAUUUGAAAUCCUUCGGUAUUCCCUUCUCUCACGAUGCCGAGGACCGCGUAUUUCGCAGCCACGGGCAUUGCUUACAUGAGAUCUUUGCCUUGCGAGAAGGGAAAUUUGGUCGCAUUCCCGAUUUGGUGGUGUGGCCUGACUGCCACAAUGAUGUCGUCAAACUCGUGGAACUGGCAAGCAAGUACAACGUUUGUUUGAUACCAUACGGAGGUGGAACAAGUGUCUCCAGUGCUCUCGAGUGUCCCACUGAUGAAGCUCGCUGUAUUGUUUCUCUGGAUACUUCUCAGAUGAACCGCAUUUUGUGGAUCGAUGAGAAAAAUUUAACUGCCCACCUGGAAGCCGGCAUCAUCGGUCAGGAUUUGGAGCGUCAGCUUAAUGAGAGCGGCUACUGCACAGGCCAUGAGCCGGACUCCAUGGAGUUCAGCUCAGUAGGGGGUUGGGUGGCAACCAGAGCGUCGGGGAUGAAGAAGAACAUCUAUGGCAACAUUGAGGACCUGGUUGUCCACGUUAAGAUGGUGACUCCACGCGGGGUGAUUGAGAAGAGCUGUCAGGGUCCCCGCAUGUCUACCGGGCCGGACGUUCAUCACUUCAUCAUGGGAUCCGAAGGAACCCUGGGUGUGGUCACGGAGGUGACAAUGAAGAUUCGACCCAAGCCGGAGUAUCAGAAAUACGGCUCCGUGGUGUUCCCCAACUUUGAGAAAGGUGUCGCUUGUCUCCGGGAAGUUGCCAAACAGAGGUGUGCUCCUGCAUCUAUUCGACUAAUGGAUAAUGAGCAAUUUAAGUUUGGUCACGCCCUCAAGCCUCAAGUGUCGUCACUUUUCACCUCCUUUCUGGACGGCCUGAAGAAACUGUACAUCACCAAGUUCAAAGGCUUUGACCAGAACCGCUUGUGCGUGGCCACCCUUUUGUUCGAGGGCGACCGAGAGAAGGUCCUGCAGCAUGAGAAGCAAGUUUAUGGCAUCGCCGCAAUGUUUGGAGGCCUGGCAGCCGGAGAGGACAAUGGGCAGAGAGGCUACAUGUUGACCUUUGUCAUCGCUUACCUCCGGGACUUGGGGAUGGACUACUAUGUGAUUGGCGAGUCAUUCGAGACCUCAGUACCCUGGGACAGGGUUUUGGACAUCUGCCGGAACGUCAAAGCUCGCAUCAUAGGCGAGUGUAAAAACAGAGGAGUCCAGUUUCCACCAUUGGCCACUUGCAGGGUAACUCAAACGUAUGACGCCGGCGCCUGUGUCUACUUUUACUUCGCCUUCCACUACAGGGGCCUUGCUGAUCCCGUGCACGUGUAUGAACAAGUGGAGCACGCUGCCAGAGACGAGAUCCUUGCCAACGGAGGCAGUUUAUCGCAUCAUCAUGGAGUGGGGAAACUUCGCAAGGAGUGGAUGAGGCAGACUGUCUCCAACGUGGGUCUGGGUAUGCUACAGUCCGUCAAGGAUUACGUGGACCCCGCUAACAUCUUCGGAAACAGGAAUCUCCUCUAAUCCUGCCUACCCAGCCACACACACACACACACACAUACACACACACACAGCCUCCUCCAAAACCAUGCAAAGAGAUUUGAGAAUUUGAAAGGAACGCUUGUGUUCUUCUUUAUCAUGUGGUGCCAUCAUGUGUGUGCGCUCAUGAAAUGAGCCAUAACAAGCAGUGGCGCACGUCUCGCGUACAACACGACAUCAAGUCUACUCACUCCAACUCACUUCUGUGGAAAGGCAUUUGAACACUUGGUCCAUAUCCUUGAUAUCAAGCUUUAGGUCCUUCUGCGAAGACACUUUGUCCUCACGAAUAACACUUAAGUAUUCUUCGCAUGACUGGAUGUGGACCAAGUGUUUUUUUUAAAAUGGCUUUCCAUUUUGUUGGUAUGUUACUGAAGCUCUGUGCCUUUUGGAAAGCUUUUGUCUGCCCACCCAACCCCUCAAAAUCAUGUACUUGGAUACUUCCUGAUGGUCCACUUGGGUACAUUGUCCUUCCCUUUGUCAAGCAACAAUGACUGUGUGAAUGUGCGUCACACCGAUGACCUGUUGUUAUAUACAAAAAAAAAAUUGUUUCAUUUAUUUGUUUGAUUUUUGGGGGGUGGCGAAAUGAACUAACCCGUGCUUGGACCUUAACUUGACUUUUAACAUUUAUAUAUUACAUUGUUUUUGUACCCAAAGCGCCCAAGAUGUGUUACUGAAUUUUUUUCUCUCAUUAUUAAAACUCAUUCAGUGCCAGCCAUUUCCAAACGCUCCUUUAUUCUACCACAUGAAAAAAAAGUAUAUAAAUGUCCCUGGGGUUGAAUGAGUUUUAAUUAUGCCAAUGUCAUGUUUUGCUCAUGUCCUACCAAAGACUUAAACACAUGCAAACUCUGACAAAUUAGUUUUGAAUCCACAUAUGCAAAAAAAAAAAAAGUUUUAGCAGUUGGUAAGAGUUUACAAUGAAUUGUUCUGUGUUUGUUCAAAUUGAAAAUGAAAAUGUUCCUUUUUUGAAGCAGCUUUAAUCUUAUUUUCUCACUGGACCUUUUGCCAAAUUAUUAGGUACACAGCCAAUCCAAGUGGGAUCUCUAAAAGAUCAUAAUGCUCAAUUGUCAUGUCUAGGGAUGCACUGAUAUCAGUACUCGGUACUCUAAAAUGCUCCGACACUGCAACACCGAUACUAAAUGACUAGACUGAGACACACUUUUCAGAGAGGAGCCACGUUAAUGUAAAAAGAACGAAACAUACUUUCAUCGCAAUUGCGAGAAAUAAUGGCAUCAAGUAUUGAAAGUCUUUAUUGGCAAGUACUCAAAUGUGGAGUAAGUCAUUUUGGAGUGGGGAAAAAUGUAGUGUCUAGUGUAGUUGGUGUAUUUCGCUGUAAAGUGCGAUUAAACUCCUACCAUGGUAAUACAUUCUCUCUCUAUUGAGCAUGUUUGAAAAGGCCGCAUUGUAAAGUAUUUGGAUGUCAUUAGAAUGUGAAAGUGGACCCUAAUGCUGUUUAGUUGACUAUGAACUUUUUUUCUUUUGCCCAAAUGUCCUUUACUGAUAACCGAUGUAAUGUCCCUGUCAAAUUGAUGGAUUCAUUUUGCAACUGCUGCUUGACAUGACAACUGUUUUUUUUUUUUUUUUUUUUUUUUAUAAACUCUUCAACAAAUGUGCUUUGGAAUAUUAUGGAAUUCCUGUUUUUUUUUUUUUGUUAUUCUAUCCUAACAAUUCAAUAACAGCCAGUGUGUUUUGUCACCGCUCUUUGUGCAAUAAAUCCAACUUAAAUAGCCAUCAGAAA